GGGUAAGACCAUGGAGAAGACCGCCAAUGAGAUGAAAGAGGAGCUAGACAAGUGGAUCAAGGAGAUGCAGACGAAGGCGAUGUGGGAGCUCAUUUUCACCAUCGCCUCGUUCGCGCUCAACUUUGCGGCGCCCCUUUUGGCUGCGAGUAGCGAAGGCGCAAAGGUUGAAGGGCUCAUGCCUUGGAAGCGGACGGGCGCCAAAAAGUCAUCAAGGCCGCAAAAAAUAAACGAGAUGUCCGAAAAAAAUCGCUGGGUUAAUAUGGCGAACCAAUUCUCCGACGACCCCGACAUUGCUUUGCCUACGAAAAAUAACUGGAAAGGAGCGGAGACGCAACGCAAGGCGGGCUACUACCUGAUCAAGGGCCUCGACGGUUUCAUCAAUGGCGUCCGAGGCAUUACACAAGCGAGUAAGGCUCUGAGCAAGGCGGACAACAUGGACAACAAAGUGCGCGAUGCCGCGGGCGUGUCGGUCGAGCAAAUGGAGCAGAAGUUUGGAUGGCCAUCCAACACAUCCCUGAUCCCCACGAGCAACGACUCGGUGGCGAACCUUGCCAUCACGGCUUUCAUGUUGAACAGCAUCUUGCCGCAGCUUGGCACCGGCUACUGGUCGUCCAUAUACGCGAGCUCCGGCGACCUGAUGGAGCCUUACACAUCUGGUUACAACUCUGCCAUCAACGUGCUCGCCCGGCGGUGGCUCAAGGAGAUGCGUGCACAGUGCGAUUACGGUAACGACUACGUGACCCAUGGGACCCGUUUCGUCGCCGGCGUUGAUCGAUCUCGCGCAGAUGGAGGCGAACAAAAUGAUUGACGAGGAAAUCACCAAGGCGUUCGGCGACGACUCGGUCAGCUUCGAGCAGAGCUCAAAGGAGAAGCGGUUGUUGAUCGGGACCCAAAUCUCGUCCAUGGCGUUGCAGCUCCACAUUACUACACGGCAGCUCUGCCAGUCGUACGCCUAUCAGACGACGCGUUUCUACCAGCAGUGUGUCGUUGGCAGCAUCGGUUCCAAGGGGGUUGGUGGCAACCCGCUUGAUGCACUGUGCGGCGGCUUCUUGGAAGGAACGGCCUACUUCAGGCCAUUCCAGAAGGACCCCGACGUUUCGAUCGAUGAGUUUGUGGACUACGCAAAGACCUACGUGGAGGGCCUCGAGACGAUGUUCUCGCAGGCAGGCCGUCCACCACUCUACUCGCUUCGGUGACCAUGUCACCCUUCAUGUCCUUAGGCACGACGCCAGCGGUCGCCCCGCGUCGGCCCACGGGGGGAAAGCCGGCUCCGCCGCGGGGGCAGCCACGUCCGGCCACUUCUUCGCGCCGCACGCGGAGGAGGCGGAGGCGCCCGUGCUCGAAGCCAGCGACGGCGAGGUGCGCCGCUUCUUGGCGCGCCACUGCGGGGUCCUUCUCGGCUGGGUCGGAGCAUACGGCGCCUGCGACCUCACCCAUUUCUCGGUGCCGUACGUCGGCCUUGAUGGCGUGCAACCGCUCCUGCUCUCGCGCUACGCGCUGCUUCUUCCCGCAGUGCUCGCGUUGCGCGGAGCUCUCUCAUCGAGCCAGGCGACGGCGAGGGGCAACAGCGUCGCGGCAGUCUGCCUGCUGGCGCUGCCUUUCUGCGCGCUGCUCGCUGUGCUCCCCUUCGUCGGGCUCGACGCCAGCCCCUGUUUGGUGCCGUACACGCUCGUGCCGUGCGCGGGCAUGCCAGGCGCCCACCCGCUAGCUGACUGCGGGCUGGAGGACUGCGACGGCGACGGAAUCGAGGACAGCAUCGGGGGCGCCGUCGACGACCUCAGGCGCUACCACAGCUCUUGGUGUGAGGCGGGUGGCGCGCACACGGUCCUGUCGGAAGCCGACGUCGCUGCGGCGGCCGCGGCGGGGAGCGCCGUAUGGCAUUGCGCCAUCGUCGGUGACUUCCUCGCGGCUGUUAGCGGGAGGGGUGCAGCGCCAGCUUUGCCACCGUCGGCGCCUCCGCCGCCGCCACCGGCCGGUUUGUUCCACGGCGACGACCAGGAGUUCUAUAGACCAGGAGCUCGCGCGUCGAGCUUGGCGGCGCCGACCGGUGCCACCACUACCCGUGGGAGUACCUCGCCGAGCUUGCCGCUUGGAUCGUCCUCCUCUCCUAUCGCCUCACGCACCUCCCCCUCUCCCUAGUGGCGCUCGCGGCCUUUGCCGGCUCUGUGGCGGCCGGCGCGAUGGCCUGCUGUGAACAGCGUCUCUUCACACACUUGGGUGUGAAUAGGGUCGGCGGCGUUUGUUGGGAUGAGUGUGAAACGGGUCGACGCCUUCUGGGGCGAGGAGCUCGGCGGCAAGGGCGCACUCGCCACCAGCCUCGAGGCGGCCGUGGGGUACGAGCUGCUGCGCUGUGUCGCCAUGCUCUGCGCAGCGCACACCGUGGGCGUGCUGCACCACUUCCACCACGCCCGCGGCAUGUGGCGCCCCCUCCUCCUCCAGGCGCGGCAAAAGGCGUUGAUGCCCUGCAUGGAGGAAGAGACUGCAACCUGCGACCGGCUGCUCAAGUCGAUCCUGCCGCCGCACCUUGUCCGAUCCCUUGGCUCGCUGACCUCGAGCAAGGCCCUGGCAGCCACGGCGUUGGCAGCGGCCCGUCGGCGUCGCACCACGGGAGCAGCACGGGCACCAUUUCGACGAGCGCCGACUGGUACGCCGCCACGGGGCGGGCCGAGGCCAGCUGCAGCUCCGGCGGUGGCGGUGGCGGGGACCUCCCGAUCGGGCGGAGCGAGUGGAGCGCAUCAGCAGGGGCGAGUUUGGCACCGUGCAGCCUUCCGCGAGGCGGGCCGGCUUCGAUCGACCGGCGCGGCCGCAGCGCGCGCAGUUGGCGGAGAGCUUCAGCGAGUGCGCAUUCCUCUUCGCCAAGGUCGACGGGCUGUCGGCGCUACUGAACGACGCAACGGCCGAGCCCCCGUGCGCAAGACGGCCAACGAGCAGUACUUGGUCGCUGCCGGCCUGCCCGACCCAACCCGCCUCCCGGACCCGCACGACCGCGCGGCGGCGGCGGCGCGCGUCCUCGCCGCACCGACACCGCCUAGACACACAGUCUCCGGGGGCGACCGGCUCAGCUGCUUGCGCCGUGCGGGAGCUCAGGCCGGCUUCGGCUUCGCGAUAAUCAGACCUCAGCUGCGUGCUGAGGCGCCGAGGGCGCCGCAGCUCACCGUGCAGGUGGGCAUCGACUUUGGUUCCGCCAUCGCGGGCGUGAUCGGGCACAAGACCUACCAGUACGACUUGUGCGGCGACGCCGUCAACACCGCCGCCCGCAUGUGCUCCGGCUCGGAGCCAGGUCGUGUCCACGUGUCGCAGGAGGCGUACCGGUGUCUGCGCGGCCGGUUCGGCGCGAAGAGCCGCGGCCCACGCUACUACAAAGGCAAGGGCGAGAUGUACACUUACUUCCUCGAGAACGCGCCUGGGGCUCUGCCGGAGGAGGCCACACCGGCGCCUGCCGACGCUGCCGAGGCGAUCUACUAGCUCACAAUGAAUUACGGUAUGCCGAUGCGGUGGCAUCUCGGCCGUCGCUUGUUUUGACUUUUGUUACCUUUUUCUGUGGUCUGUAUACGACGCUGCUACUGCAGCUCUCGUCCGGCAGCUGCUUCU